AGCUUAACGACGCACAGUUUCUUACACUGGAGGAAAAUUUCAACUUCAGCGAUACACUAGUAGCUCUUCGCAUGAUGUCUGCUCAGUUUCCCCGCAUUGAAAAGGUUACAAUUCAGCCUUUCAUUUUGCGGUCACAGUUGUACAGCAGUUUAAAGGACCGGACACAAGUGGACAGAGACUUGGAGUCACUAAGGAGAGAAAGAGUUAUACGUACUUUCAAAUUAAAUACUGGACAAGACGAUCAUGCUAUAAUGUUUUUGGAUGACUACUUUAGUCAGAUUGAUCGUGUCAGUAAAAGAUUGGAAGCACAGAAGCUGGAGGACAUUUCUGUUUUUGAAUGGUUCAAGGAGCAUGUAAUUCAUUCAAAGCUAGAUCCCAGUAUUGGACAUGAUGAACUUUGUUCGCUUCUGUCAUUGGGGGGCAAGGUGAAGGAGGAACACAUCUCCCUCUUAAUUAAUGCUGGACUUUUGACGCGGCAACUGAUUGAUCCAAACAUGUACUGGUUUGCAAUUCCAAAUAUUGGAUCAGUUCUCAAGGGCCUAUCGCAGGGAAGGAAGGAGCUUAUGUCUUUUCUCAACCGUAGAAAGUACAAAGAGAUGGCAAUGGCUUCUCUGGAAAAGAAGCGCCUUCGACUCUCUCCCCUUGAUAUGAGAUUUCAUCUCCGAGAUUUGCUAGGUUCGGGCCAUCUCAAAACUGUUGAGUCACCCACAGGUUUAGUUGUUAAAGUUGUGAAAGAUUAACUGAGGUAUCAAUCUUCAUCUGAUUUAAUUUCACUUGAAGGUUGACAAGAGCUCAAUGUUUGUAUUGAAGAACCAUGAAUAUAAAACUAGCAUAUCAAUAAAAUGAAGAAAAAUCUCUGAAAUUAUUUCAUACAAUGA